AUGAGUCGCAGCCCAGAGCGCAUCUCCUCGUACCGGAGGCAUUUUGAAGGCCUCGCCUCCUCAUCUUCUACCUGCCAUAUCCGUGUCUCGAGCCCAAGCCCACGCAGACGUGAAACCCGCCACCGGUCCGCCAGCUACAGCCGCAGCGUGCGAAGGGCUACAUCCGGCACCCGCAGUGCACGCCUCACCGGAAGUGUGAGUAUGAGUGCUCUGUGUGCUGGUAUGGGUCGCGGAGGUGCACUGGAUCUGGAAGCUGCUUCUGCUGCCAACCAGGACUAUCUAACCACACGCACAAGUGAAAGACAGGAGAUGAUCACCCUCAAUGACCGCCUGGCUGUCUACAUUGAAAAGGUGCGUACUCUGGAGCAGCAAAACAAACUGCUUGAGACUGAGAUUGAAGCCCUGAAGGGCCGCUAUGUGAAGCCCUCAGGCUUGCGUAUGAUGUAUGAGGAGCAGUUGAGAGAACUCAGGAGGGUCGCUGACCAGAUGAGAGCCCAGAGGGAUCUUGCCAUCGCUGCUAAGGAGGCCAUGACUGCGCAGCUGGAGAUGAUCAAGUCCAGGUAUGAGGAGGCACUGGAAGCCAGGAAAAAGGCAGAACAGGACAUUGAAGCAUUCAAGCCUGAUGUGGAUGCUGCCACUGCAGCCCGCAUUGCUCUGGAGAAACAGUUAGAGAACCUUGAGGUGGAGAUGGAGUUCCUUCAGAGGAUUCACAAACAGGAAAUCGAGGAACUGAUGGCUCAGAUUUAUGAAACUGUAUCUAAAGUCGAAGUGGCCUUCGCUCUUCCUGACCUUGCAUCUGCCCUCAAAGAGAUCCAGUCCCAGUACGACAGCAUCGCCGCCCGGAACCUACAGGAAAUGGAUGCCUGGUACAAGACCAAAUUCCAGGACUUGAACACGGCAUCAGCAAGACAUGUGGAAUCCGUACGGGGAAUUAGAGAAGAAGUUGUGGGCUACAAGAAAGAUAUUCAGAACAAACAGCGGGAGCUGGAUUCACUUAACAACAGGUAUGAGACUUUGCUGGCUCAGAUCCGUGACAACCAAGAGAAAUACAAAAAGGAGGAAGAAGAUUUACAGGCCCGUAUCGAGGCUCUGAAGCUGGAAAUGAAGACAGUGAAAGAGAAGAUCACUCUGCUGCUGAAAGAAUAUCAGGAUCUCCUCAAUGUGAAGAUGGCUCUUGAGAUCGAGAUCACCACCUACAGGAAGCUGAUCGAAGGCGAGGACUCCCGUUUGUCAACAAUGGUGCAAGGCAUGUCUCUGAUGAGUGCCAGCAUCUCGGCGAGUCUCAGCACCUCAGGGGUGAGGGUGAGUGGAGCCUUGGCUGAACCGGCUGGUGGAGCAGCUGCAGUGGCCUUCAAGCCAUCGCAGUCUUCUAACGGCAACCAGGAAACUAAGGAGGAAUUCUCUCACGAGCAGGCCGUAGAACUGACAGAGAGGAAGACCGUCCUCAUUAGAACAGUUAAGACAGACGAGGACGUCAUCCAGAAAGACACACAAGAGCGCACCAUCACCAUCUCCGGAGCAGCAGACGAGACAGAAGAGUAACCUGACCUCACACUAGAUAUCUCUCUACUAUAUGUGUUCAUUUCUUCCCUCCACUAGCCAUUCAUUACUACAUCAUCAUCAGAUCUUUACAUUUCCGUAUCACCUUAGAUGAUU